AUGACGAAUUCGAACAUAAAAUCCACUACGUCUACUCCACAGAAGAGAAAGAUCAUUAUCUUCUCCGACUUCGACGGCACAAUUUUCAUGCAAGACACUGGCCACAUUCUCUUCGACAACCACGGCUGCGGUGCUGAAGCCCGUGAAAAGCUAGAAAAACAGCUGAAAUCCGGCGAGCGUUCCUUCCGCGAAGCUUCAGAGGAAAUGUGGGCGUCAUUGAACAUACCCUUCGACGACGGGUUCAUGGUCAUGGAAAAAACUCUCGAGAUCGAUCCUGGCUUCCGUGAAUUCCACAACUAUUGUAUCGAGAAUGGGUUCCCAUUCAAUGUUAUCAGCGCAGGGUUGAAACCUGUCCUCCGGCGUGUGUUGGAUACUUUCCUAGGCGAGGGUGAGUCUUCAACUAUCGACAUAGUCGCCAAUGACGCAGUCAUAAACCCAGAUGGCUCAGAAUGGAAACCAAUCUGGCUCCACGACACAGAACUAGGCCACGACAAAGCACUUUCUGUAAACAAAGCGCGCGAACAAGCGCAAUCUGAAUGCGAGCCUGACGAAAUCCCGCUGAUUAUCUUCAUCGGAGACGGUGUUUCAGACCUUGCAGCUGCUCGUGAAGCAGACGUCCUCUUCGCUAGACGCGGUCUGCGCCUUGAAGAAUAUUGCAAGGAGCAUGGAAUUGCGUAUACGCCUUUUGACACUUUCUCUGAUAUCAAGAGAGAGGUUGAGGCUAUUAGUCGUGAGGAUUCAAGGGAGACUGGGGGUGUCGGGAAGCCGGUGCGGUAUAAUCCGCGCGCGAAUAUGUGGCGACGGAUUUCUAGUCGGGAGGCGGUUCCUACUCUUAUGGCUGCUGCUACACCUUCUAGAGAGGAGAAGAUGUUCCUUUGGCCUGAGACUUUCUCGGAGUAUAGACCUAAGACUAUUCAAGAGGGUGAUGAGACCGCGGCUUAA